AUGAAGCUUGCAAAAAAUGAUCCCUAAAUGCAAUAAGUAAUUUUCAACUUGAAAGCUUAGGAAUAAUAAAUGCUAUAUAAUAAAAAAUAUGCAUUUUUUACAUUGUAAAACGAAAAAUAUGUAUAAAUUGUCUGUGAAUUACCCAAUAUUUUCACAGUUGAGGAUGCUAUAACAUUCACUUUGUAAUAAUUCUAAAAGGAAUUAGAAGUAAACUUCAAGGCGAAAAAGGCAAGUGAUUACGCCUUAAAAAUUUCAAAAAAGUCUGGGUAACCCAAAGAUGAUCUGCCAAGUUUGGAUUAUGAAUAAAUCUUAUUUGAAACUGGAAGUCAAACAUUCACUUUAGUGUGUAAAAAUAAUCUAUAAAAUUCUGAUAAUUAAUUAUAAGCUUAAACCUCAGUGACUACAACCAUGUGUUCUUAAUAAGAAUAAUAAGACAUGUCAAUCAAGUCUAGAGUAUCAUAUACGAAUGGAUUAAACAAAGGAAAAAAACCAAUCAAAGAAAGUGAUAAGAAGGAGAAAAGUGGUGGAUUUUGCUUUUUCAAUAAGUGCUUUUGA